CCUCAUCUCAACUCAACUCCACAUUGAAGGCACCUGAGCGCCUUUUCAACAUCACAAUCGCAUCCUCUUAGAAACCUGCCAAGAUGGUCGAAUUAGUAGAAGUCGAGGACGAGUCCUUCGAGACAAAGCAGGCUGGCCCAUCAGACGAGGAGGACGAGUACACAGACACCGACUCCGAGAUCUCUACCGAUGAUGAAGACAAUGUUCCCGAUGAAGAAACCCUCGCUGACCGCAUCUACGCAUUGCGGGACAUAAUACCUCCGACCACACGAUCCUACAUCUCAAACAAGGUUGACACAACCACCAGCUGGAUCAAGUCCGGACUGUCAUUCAGCGGCAAGACACUCUGGGUUAUUAGCACGAGCGCGCUGAUGCUAGGUGUCCCGUGGGCGUUGGCAUUUGCGGAGGAGCAGCAGAUGGUUGAGAUGGAGAAGGAAAUGCGGAUGAGGGAAUCAGGCCAGGAGCUCCUCAAUCAAGGUACAACCGCCGGAGCGCUGAAUUCACAGCUUAACGCCCAGACGGGCAAGCCUGCGCUGUAAUAGUGGAAAGACGUGAUACAUGACCAUAAAAAUUAGGAACAAGUGGAUAGGAAGU